AUGUGCCGUCAAUACUACACUCUCUUCGCCUGGUGCUCCUGCGAAGAAGACGCCGGCUACACCCCCUGCACCGGCCUUCGUCUCAAUAAUUGCCGGGGCGUGAGCAUCGAGACGGUACACAUGCACUGCUUCUGUAAUUCACAUGCAACCCGAGGCUUCAAGACGCAAAAGGAGAUCCGAAAGGAAGAGCGCAAGAUUCGACGCCAAUCCCAGGACUCUUUGGGCGAAAAGGCCUCGCUCGGUCGUCGGUUGUACCAGUGGUACCAAUGGAAGGGAAUCUGGUCGCGAUAG